UGGCCUCGUGCAUGGAGAAGUUUGUCGGUAUUUUUAAGCAAAAGUCAAUCGCUGUCAUUGGAAUGGUUCAUCUAAAAGCACUCCCAGGAACUCCACGACACCACUGUUCUGUAAAAGAGAUUAUCAACAUAGCCAGUAAUGAAGCGAAGAUUUACAAAGAUGCUGGUGUGGAUGCUGUAAUGAUAGAAAACAUGCAUGACAUUCCCUACCUACACACAAGCCAGGUGGGCCCGGAGAUAACGUCGACAAUGUCUGUGGUAUGUGCCGAAGUGAGGAAAGUUUUCUACCCAGGCCCUGUCGGAAUCCAGAUGUUAGCUGGAGCUAACCACCAAUCGAUGGCUGUCGCCAAGGCAGCUGAUCUUCAGUUUAUUCGUGCUGAGGGGUUUGUGUUUUCCCACGUAGCCGAUGAGGGGUUGAUGAAUGCGUGUGCAGGCGAGUUGAUGCGAUACCGCAAACACAUCGAAGCUGACGAUAUUCUCGUCUUCACGGACAUCAAGAAAAAACACAGUGCACAUGCCAUAACACAAGAUGUCAAUAUUGCUGAUACAGCGAAAGCAGCUGAGUUCUUUAUGAGCGACGGAGUUAUCCUCACAGGGGGCGCCACUGGAGAACCAGCCAGUACUGACGAACUUAAAAGUGUCGUCAACAGUGUAAACAUCCCCAUUCUAGUCGGAUCGGGAAUAACGACAGCAAAUGUUGUCCAGUACAAGAGCGCACACGCACUCAUCGUCGGCUCUCACCUGAAGAAAGAAGGAAAGUGGUACAACGACCUUGACAGGGAGCGUAUUUCUCGAUUCAUGGAGCAAGUGAAAGACGUUCGAGCCAACAAGAUCACCGAGUCUACUCUGAUCAUCUGAGUUGACAGAUGUGUAACACCAAGUAGACAUGUGGCUGGAAAUUAGACCUGGGCGGUAUACCGUAUAUGCCAUUCAGUAUCGGUAUCAUGUCAAUACAGAGUUACUAUACUGAGUAAAUCUCAAAAUCCAGAAAUUUCUGUAUUGAAUUUUUUUUACCGUCAUUUAGUAAAGCACUAACAAUAUAUCUGAUGAAUGCAAAAUGGCUCAAAAGAAGAAAGAUAUGAGGGUCUUGUGUAUGGAAUUUUAUGUUAUUUUAAGUGAAUUUAGUGGGUGAGCCUUAACUCGAGCCUGCAUUUAAAGCUGAGUAUACCAAAAAUACGCUUGAUAAAUGUAUCACUAUCAGUAUCGUGUAAAUAACAAAUACUGUACUGAUACUACGGUAAAUCAUGCCAAAAAUACUGAUACUGAUACCGAUACUGAACCUGAAAUUUCAAUACCGCCCAGCACUACUGAAAAUACAUGUGGUGUAAAUACUGUGUAACAAAAGCGUUGUAAAAAUUUCAUAUGCGGCUAUGCAGUAUCACAAUUUUACAUGUUGCUAUGCCGUAUCACAAUUUUACAUGUCGCUAUGCAGAAUCACAAUUUUGCAAACUGUUAUGCAAUAUCACCAUUGUAACUGCCAUUAUGCAAUGUCACAAUUUUACAUAUAAUACAACUGUGCAAUAUUAUAUAGCUCUAUAGGAAAUACCUUAUGGUUAACACUCCUUUGAUGUGUUGGUAGUGUUUGAAGGCUGCCAUAGUCAUAAAAACACAUUAUUGUCUAGAUUUCUUGCAAGCUAAAAUUUUAAGUGUUUUUUUGUCACUAAUUUCAAAUAGGCUAGACAUAAAAAGAAGAACAAAAUGUUUCGAAAACAUUUAAAUGUUCUAUUUUUAUGAGGUGUAAGUAUAUUAUAGACACAGGUUCUGACAAUGAUAGUAAAAACUUACAAAUAAAGUUAUAAUUUAUGUAACAAUUCAAGACUGUAAGAAUGAUAUUUGAAGUAAAACAGAGCUCAAACUAUGUGUGGGACAGAUGCUCCUGUUCAAUUUAAGUUUUUAGAUAACCUAAAAUGCAGUUUCCUAGCAUGUGAAGAACAAAAUAGCAAUGUUUAGGAAUUUGUUUUCAUCCAUUUUAAACUAUGUUUAUUGACAUAUGUAGCAGGAUAAAAAGUAAACUGUGUGGUCUUUAGAUACAGGUAGGGUGGGAUGUGGCCAGUGGUAAAACGCUCGCCUAAUGCACGGUCGGUCAAUAAUCGAUACCUGUCGGUGGGCCCAUUGGGCUAUUUCAUGCUCUAGCCAGUGCACCACUGGUAUAUCAAAGGCCACGGUAUGUGCUAUCCUGACUGGGAUGGUGCAUAUAAAAGAUCCCUUGCUACUAAUG